GAUAUUCACUGUCGCGACGAUUCAUCAUUACGCCUAUCUCACCAUCAUUCCAAAAUUCUAAAAAUUGCUGGCGACAAAAAUUCAAAAAUUGCCAUGCCCUAUAAAACAAGCGUUAUGCUCAAAUACCUAGCUUUUGUUAUCUUUUUAUCCACUAUUGGAACUCUGGUUACUACUUUGUACGAGUUGUCAGUCCAUCGAAAUUCUUUAACGAAGCAGCAAGAUGACGACCUAUACAAGGAAGUAGAUUUUCGUGUAGGAACUUGUAUUGAACUUCGGAAGUGGCCAAUAACAGGCCACAAACACUUGGUAGAAGAAAUAAGAUUGUUUAGUGAACUAUAUGGCGAAGACUUUGAGAGAGUUUCAAACUAUACAAAUAUUGAAGAUAACGUAUUGGAAGAUUCCUGUUUCCUUAGGCAUGCGAGGAAAUAUCAGUCUCCAAAUGGGGUUCUAUGGCCUCGACGCUAUUAUCACUUUCCAGAUUGGUUUCGUAAUGAUACGAUACCUUGGAAUGAGAAGAAAGAUAUUUUGUUUUGGAGAGGUAGUGCGACAGGCCCUAUUUUGGAUGAAGAAGAAGUGCCAGGAAAGUCCAAUAGAAGGAAAAUAGUUGAGUUGUUGCAGUCAUUGAAUCGUUCGGAUGUUGAUGUUGGAUUUAUUGCACUGUUUGAUAAGGAAGAGAAAUAUGGUCAUCUUUGGAAAGAACCUGUACCUCAGGAAGGCAUUUUUCAAUACAAAUAUGUUUUAAAUAUAGAAGGAAAUGAUUUGAGUAGCAACUUUCCACAAGCGCUAUAUUCCUGGUCGUGUCCCUUCCAUCCAUAUCCUUUUUCUGUCGAAAGUGUAUACUUCCGUAGCUUGAGACCUUGGCAACAUUUCAUUCCACUCUAUCUCAAUGGUUCGGAUGUGGUUGCGAAGCUCCAGUUUUGCAAAGACAAUGAAAAGUUCUGUCGUCAAGUUGGAGAGAAUGGCAGAAAGAUGAUGGAGAAGUUUAUGAAUGAAAGCUUUUGUCAUGAAAUCAAUCGACAAGUUUUGACACGCUUAAGGAAUGUGCCUUUACAGAGUUAGUUGUAGAGGAUGAUGGAAUGCUACAUUCCUUCCUGUUUAUCCAUCAUAUAUACCUAAAGUGUGUGCGACACAUUUUCAUAUAUUGCUUUUAUAAAGUGGCGUGUUUACUU